AUGACGGCGCCAACAAACACAACAACAUCCACGACGAAACCACCACAGCAGCAACAGGUCUACGAAUCUGGCCUCGAAGUAGUUGAACCAAACGCCUGGAAUCGCAACGAUAUCCAUCUCCCAGAAGUCUCACCUUACAAUCACUCGGAAGCCAAGACCACAACUUUCCCCGAGGUCGCAGACGACCCGUUAUCGUGGCAUCACUACCACAAGCAGAACCCCAACCUUGAGGUCUCGUCCUCGCCCUCCAUCACUUCCGCGGCGCCGCAUUACUAUGCCGCUGCGGGCCAGCAGCAUCCCCCCGGGUAUCACCAGCCGCCGCCCGGAUCGCCGGGGUACGGAUCCGGAUCUCUCGACGGAGAUGGGUCCGGUAAAGGGAAGGCCAAGAUGUGUGGGAUACGCAGGAAGGUGUGCUACAUCGUCAUGGGCGUCGCCAUAGUCCUCAUCGUGGCAGCCAUCGCCGUCGGCCUCGGAGUAGGCUUGGCGAUGAAGAAGAGCGAUUCGGGCAACAAGUCUUCGUCAGGCAACUCAACAACAACCCCAGCAACAUCAACCAAAAACGCAACAAUCAUCUGCCCUGCGGCAGACAACGCAACCUACUCCUCCCCCGACGCCCCAAAACGCACCUUCCGCAUGAUCUGCGGCCACGACUUCAACUCGGCCGACGGAGCCACCGACCUGACGUCCGAGAACGCCACUACCAUGGCCGCCUGUAUCGACCUCUGCGCGUCAAAGGGCGAUGACUGCGUCGGCGCGGGUUGGGGCGAUUACUACGGCAACCACGUCUGCUGGAUGAAGAGUAAACUGGGCACGAUGAACGUCUCGGGGAACUGGUACUUCGUCGUGGACGUCAAUAAGACGAGCGUGGCGGCGUAA